UAAGUUUCGGAAUUUAAAAACAGUUCUCGCCGUUCAAAUUGGUUUUCCCUUAAUUUUAAACGCGAUUUCACUCGCUCUCCAUUAGUAGCCUCUUGGUGAAGUUUUGUUUCAACUAAACGUGCCCCAUUUACCUCAUGACUUCUUGCAGUAACUGAGUGUCACAAUCAUGGCUGCUUCUACUGUCACUAAAAAAGGCAGCGGGGAAGCAAGCAGAAAGUGGGGCAAUGAUUCAAUGUGGUGGUCCGUGUUUGCCAUCGUUUGCAUCGCUGCCGCAGCCACGAGAUUUUACAAAGUUACCGAACCGGAUCAUGUGUGCUGGGAUGAAACUCAUUUUGGAAAAAUGGGCAGUUGGUACAUCAACCGGACCUUCUUUUUUGACGUCCAUCCGCCUCUCGGAAAGAUGUUAAUUGCAUUGUCUGGAUAUAUGACUGGAUAUAAUGGAACUUUCCCUUUUGAAAAACCUGGAGACAAGUAUGAAGAUACCAACUAUGUCGGAAUGCGAGCGUUCUGUACUUUCUUGGGUGCAUGUAUCAUUCCUUUCGGAUUUUUGACUGUCUGGGAAAUGACUAGAUCUCUCACUGCAGCUUCCUAUGCUGCUGCGUUUCUAGUAUGUGAUGUUGGCAUGCUCACUUUGACGCAGUAUAUACUCCUAGAUCCGAUUUUAUUAUUUUUUAUCAUGGCAUCAGCUUACGGAAUCAUGAAAUUUAACUCCUUCAAGAAUCAGGCAUUCUCGACACAAUGGUGGUUCUGGCUCUCUUUCACGGGAGUCAUGCUUGCAUGUUCAUUAUGCGUUAAAUUUGUUGGCAUGUUCAUUGUCAUGUGGAUCGGACUCCAUACUAUAUCUGAGCUGUGGAUAAUUUUAGGCGAUUUAUCAAAACCUUUUAUGUACACCAUCAAACAUUUUGCUGCUCGAGUUGUUUGCUUAAUUGUAUUACCAGCCAUCAUUUACGUACUUUUCUUUUACAUUCAUCUGAAAGUAUUGUACAAAAGUGGUCUCGGUGAUGGUUAUUUCAGUUCUGAGUUUCAAUCAAAGCUUGAAGGAAAUUCUUUGUACAAUGCUAGUAUGCCCAGAGAAUUAGCUUUUGGGGCUGUAAUUACCCUGAAAAAUCAUCGCACUGGAGGUGGCUAUUUACACUCUCAUUGGCAUCUAUAUCCUGAAGGAGUUGGUGCUCGUCAACAGCAGAUCACAACCUACACUCACAAAGAUAAUAACAAUAAGUGGAUCGUAAGGAGGUAUAAAGAAGAUGCACCUGUAGAAAACGACAUUGAAGGCAUCGAAUUUGUGAAGCAUGGAAUGCUCGUUAGGCUCACUCAUGAAGCAACAGGCAGGAAUUUGCACUCUCAUCGUGAGCAAGCUCCAAUCACCAAGAAACAUCUCCAAGUAACAGGUUACGGAGAGAGUGGGGAAGGGGAUGCAAACGACGUUUGGAUCAUAUUAGCCGAAGGAGGUAAAGAGGGCGAUGUUAUAACCACUGUAACGAGCAAGCUCCUUUUUAUUCAUUACUUGCAGCGUUGUAUGCUAACUACAACAGGAAAACAACUGCCUGCCUGGGCCUCCGAGCAGCAAGAGGUGACUUGUAGUCCUAAUCUAAGGAAUAAAAAUGGAAUUUGGAAUGUUGAAGAUAAUUUCUUCCCUAAGCUUCCAAACGUUAGUUUUGAAGUGUACGCGCCUAGUUUCUUUGAAAGGUUUUUGGAGUCCCACGCUGUUAUGCUGCAAGCCAAUGCAGGUCUUAAGCCCAAAGAAGGGGAAACCACGUCACAACCAUGGCAGUGGCCGAUCAAUUAUAAGGGUCAAUUCUUCUCUGGAAGCAAUUACAGAGUUUAUCUUCUUGGAAACCCCAUUAUCUGGUGGGCCAAUUUGGUCUGUCUUGCAGUUUUUGCAGUCAUAUUUUUUAUUAAUUCAGUGCGUUAUCAGAGAGGAUAUCAAGAUCCACCACAUAUUCAAGAAAUCAAGACUUCAUCAUUGGAUAGCUGCGUGUGGCUGAGCAUCGGAUGGGCUUUGCACUACAUUCCUUUUUGGGGAAUGGGGCGAGUUCUCUACUUUCAUCAUUAUUUUCCAGCUCUUUUAUUCAGCUCCAUGUUGACAGGUGUGAUGUUAAGUUACAUCAGUCACAGUCUAGCCAUUCUGCUUCCAGAUAGUCUGAAGAACUCUGUUCAUCAUUGGUUCAACGGACUAAUUUUUUCAUCAGUUGUUUACAGUUUUUACUUGUUUUCACCCUUGGCAUAUGGAAUGUCGGGCCCCUCAUCAAAUGAAGCAAACAGCACAAUGCAUGGUCUGAAAUGGAUGGAUUCAUGGGAGUUCUAGACGAAACUUCAAGGCUUAUUUUUUAUUUUGAAAAAUAAUAGACCUGUAGCUGUAUCUUAAUAACGUUCGCUGGAGUGAUAUAUGUCAUGACGAAAUGCCUGAAUAUCACAUCAUUUCCUAAGUUGCCUGAGAACCUUUAUCUCUAGAAACUUUAAGUUCGCAUGGCAGUCACCCUUUCUUCAAAGAAGUAUUUUAAAUUUAUCUACUUAAAAAUGCUGUUCCUAAACGUGGAGGCAAGCAUAUUCUUAUUUAUUAAAAAUAGACAAUGCUGUGAGCUGUGAUCAAAUUGAACUGUAUCAUAAAAGCAAUCUUUGACUGGAGAAAUGAACAAAUGAUAAUAGUCUCUCUCAAAUGAAAGUGUCCAUUUAGAU